AUGAGAUUGCUGGUUUACAGUCCCACAGACAAACCUGUUUUACACGUGACUCAGACACAGAAGCUGGAUGAGUUCUUGUGUCCAGUGUGUCUGGAUCUCCUGAAGGAUCCAGUGACCAGUUCCUGUGGACACAGUUACUGUAAGAUCUGUAUUACAGACUGCUGGGAUCAGGAGGAUCAGAAGAGACUCUACAGCUGUCCUCAGUGCAGACAGACCUUCAGUCCAAGACCUGCUUUAUCUAGAAACACCAUGCUGGCUGAAGUGGUGGAGAAACUGAAGAAGACCAGACUCUCUGAUGACUGUUACGCUGGAGCUGGAGAUGUGCAGUGUGACGUCUGUACUGGAAGAAAAUACAAAGCCGUCAAGUCCUGUCUGGUGUGUCUGGACUCUUACUGUCAAACUCAUUUUGACCGUCAUGAGGAGUUUCAUUCACGUAAGCCGCACAAAGUUAUUGAUGCCACUGGACGACUGCAGGAGAUGAUCUGCCAGAAACAUGAGAAGAUCCUCGAGGUUUUCUGUCGCACUGAUCAGAAGUGUAUAUGUCUGCUGUGUACGAUGGAUGAACAUAAAAAUCACGACACUGUAUCAGCUGCAGCACAGAAGACAGAGAAACAGAAGCAGCUGAAGGAGACUCAGAAGACGCUCCAGCAGAGAAUCCAGCAGAGAGAGAAAGAUCUCCAGCAGCUGAGAGAGGCUGUGGAGUCUCAUAAGCGCUCUGCACAGACAGCAGUGGAGGACAGUGAGAGGAUCUUUACUGAGCUCAUCCGCUCCAUUGAGAGAAGCCGCUCUGAGCUGAUACGACUGAUCAGAGAUCAGGAAAAGACUGCAGUGAGUCGAGCUGAAGAACGACUGGAGCGACUGGAGCAGGAGAUCAAUGAUCUGAGGAGGAGAGACGCUGAGCUGGAGCAGCUUUCACACACACAGGAUCACAUCCAGUUCCUGCAGAGUUUCCAGUCUCUCUCAGCACCUCCUGAAUCUACAGACGGAAAUGAUGAUCUCUUCAGUUCUCUUGUCUCUUUUGAUGAUCUGAGAGAAUCUGUCCAUCAGCUGAGAGACAAACUGGAGGAUUUCUGCAAAGAGCAGCUCAAGAAGAUUUCAGACAGAGCUGGAGGGCAUUACCAUGCUCUGUCCCAGUUCACACCCCCUUUUGCCCUGGCGCCCAUCAUCACAAACCCCGCCCCCCAGCUGCUGAAAGCCCCGUCCCCUCAAAUUCAGCAAGCUCCGCCCAAAAGGGAACGCAAGCAGAUCAGGAUCAGAGACCCUAAUCAGGGAGGACGUGACAUCACAGAUGAGGUCAUGUCAGGACAACGCAGUGGCUUCACACUUCCACCUCCACAGAUGCCUAAGAAAAAGUGAAAGCUGAGAAAAAGCAAGCCUCAGAGAUGAUCUUUGCUGUGACAGUGCAAAAAUGACUCGGUUGUGGUCCUGAACAUCUGUUUAAUGAGGAGCAAGGACAUCUUUUUUGAAUCAGUGAAGUACAGAACAGCAAACUGGUAAUGUUUCAGUCUGUGGUAUUUUAGUGGUUCUGCCUUUGUGAGUUUUCAUUUGUAUUUACUUUUAUUUUGCAGAUGCAGAGUGCAUUUGUAAUAUGUUGUGAGUUUUACAAGCUUUUCUCCUGGCAUUCACUUUAGAAAUUCAUGUAUUUGUUUAAGUCACUUUCUCAUUCAUGUUAUCAUAUACUGUAUGUAUGUUGUAUUUUAAGCAUAUUCUUGUAUUUAAAAUGCAUGCUUGAGCUGUUUUAACUUAAAAUAGCUUGCUCCAACAGAUCUUAAAAUGUCAUUGCCAUUGCACACACUUUUUUUUUAUAAAAGCUAUUUAAAUAUCCUAAUUUAACUAAGACUAGUCCUGGCUUAAGCUAAGCCCUGUCUGUGAAUCUGUUCAUAUGUUUUGAAGUUGUUGAUGAUCAUCUUGAUCUAUUUUUCAUCUCUAAAAUAAUAUUAUUUCAUGAUGCAAACCUGACGAAAAAUUAAUGUUAAAAAUCAACAUUGAUUCAAUUAUAAUUUGAUUGAUGCAUUAACAUUGACUCGAUGUCGUUCUGCUAUCUGGUGCUGCUCAUUAAAACAUGUUUUACGUUAUUUUAUUUACCUGUAUGUAAGCACCGUGCACUGUUAAUGUUCAAACUGUGUAUUUACAAUGUUAAAGUGGCUGACAACAAUAAAUAUUCUUAUUAGGAAUAAAACGCCUCAUAUUUUGACCUUUCUUUUUCUUUAAUUAGUUUAGAAUUGAUUAUUGACUUAGAGGGUUAUAUAUAUUAAAGCAUCUUCUGAGGUCCUCUGAGGGGUUAAUAUAUCUCUUCUCCGGUGUUCUGGAUCCAGACUGAAGCUUGUGUAAAUCCUAGUUUACCACGGGAUGAAACGGCAGAAACAGAGAAGGUAAUAGAGACAUAAC